AUGUGCGUUCUUGUCGGAUAUCUGCGAGUAAAGCCGCAAAUGUCGGCGUCUGCACUACGACUGAUCCGCUGCCGCAGGCUGAGCAGCACCAGCGGACCCGCUGUGAGGAGACCGCUACCAUGGAAGGACCUCCGAAAAAUGGCAAAGGUCACUGGUGCAGUAAUUUUGGGGGGAUUUGUUUUCAUCACAUAUGAAGUGGUUACGCUGAAGCAGGCCGUCACUAUCGACACAAGUGCCAUUCUACAGGAGAAACACAAGUCCUACAUCUACCUGACUCAUGCCACCAAUAGAGAACAGGAGAGUCUUGCUUCUGGGCUCACUAACAAAACCAGAAAAGAGCUUCAUAAAGCAGUUAGAAAGUUUCUUGAAAUUUCAUCCAGAGUUAUGCUCCGCCCCCUGGACGAGCAUCUAAGUCAUCUGGACGCAGACCCUCAUGAAUAUGCCCUUUGGAUCCUGUUGAAAAGAACCUGCUCUGCCGACCGGGCCAUGAGACAACAGGCGGUGCAGGACCUGGCCCAGAAUCACCACUGGAAGGAUUAUCAGUACCAGACAGCAGCACAGGUGGUCGAUCAACGCACAGCUGUGGGUCUCGCCCGCAUCCCUAAUGUGGACCUGCGCUUCUUUCUUCCUCCUCCUGCACUGCCACACAAAGAGGAUGAUAUAUCAAUAGAAGACAGCCUUAGACAGUUGCUUGCUUCUUUACCCCAGUCGGAGGUGGAUCAGUGCGUGCAGUACUUUACCUCGCUGGCACUUAGAGAAAGCAGCCAGUCACUGGCCUCCCAAAGGGGGGGGCUGUGGUGUUUUGGAGGAAAUGGGUUGCCCUACGCUCAAAGCUUGACUUCCACCCCCUCAGAAAAGGUGGAGACUUUCUGCCUGCAGGCUCUGGUGCAGCACUCAACGGUCCCCAGUCAUUGUGACCACAUUGUUGCCAAUGGAGGAUUGCAGCUUUUACAGAGAGUCUACCAGCUUCGCCGAGACUCUCCCAAGAUUCAGCGUAACAUUGUGCGAAUUAUUGGAAAUCUUGCCUUGAAUGAUAGCUUGCAUACCGCUAUAGUACAGUCAGGUUGGAUAUCUGCCCUAGCUGAGAUGAUCCAAUCACCACACAUCAUGCAGGCAUCUCACGCUGCCCGUGCAUUGGCCAACCUGGACCGAGAUGCAGUAAGAGAGAAGUACCAAGAUGGCGUUUAUAUCUUGCAUCCGCAGUGCCGUACAAACCAGCCAAUCAAAGCUGACAUCCUUUUUGUGCAUGGCCUGCUGGGAGCAGCGUUUAAGACAUGGCGUCAAAAAGACUGUGAUAUUACAGGUGAUGAUGACAAGACCUCAGAAGGGAUCCGAGACGACUACACUGAAUGCUGGCCCAAGUCAUGGUUGGCUGCAGACUGUCCAAACCUCAGAAUCCUAUCAGUGGAGUAUGACACGCAUUUAAGUGACUGGAAGGCGAAGUGUCCUGCCGAAAACCAAAGAAAGUCAUUGGCCUACAGGAGUCAGGAGCUGCUGAGGAAAUUGAAGGAUGCGGGUGUAGGUGACAGGCCUGUGGUUUGGGUAGCCCACAGUAUGGGAGGUUUACUCGUGAAAAAGAUGCUUUUAGAUGCCUCAAAAGAUCCUGACCUCAGUGCGCUGAUCAAGAACACUAAAGGAAUUCUGUUUUACAGCGUUCCUCACCACGGCACGUUCAUGGCAGAGUAUUCUGUCAACGUUCGAUACCUUCUGUUUCCCUCUAUAGAAGUCAGAGAACUAUGUAAAGACUCUCCAGCGUUGCGAGACCUGAACGAAAAUUUUCUUAACAUUGCAAAAGAACAAGAGUUUAAAGUUCUUAGCUUUGCAGAAUCACUGCCUACCUACAUUGGGCCAAUGCUCAAAAUAUUGGUUGUUCCAUCUCAAUCGGCAGAGCUUGGAAUUGGGGACCUCAUCCAGGUGAAUGUAGAGCACCUAAACAUCUGCAAACCAGAAAAUAAGAAUUCCUUUCUCUACAAACGUAGUUUACAGUUUAUUCAGGAUGCUCUUGGAGGACAGAGAAUGAAGUAAAGUAAAGUGUAAGUUAAGUUAGUGCCAACAGUGCUUAACUGAUCUCUUGCCAUGUUGUAGUCUGCCUCUUGAGGAUUUAACCAUUACAUUUUAAAGAUAGUGUUAUUUAUAUAAGAACUGGAGAAGGAAUUCAGGUUUUUUUUUUUUAGAUUUUUGACAGAAUCAUGAUGUUUUAACAUUCUGCUGUAAAAUGAAAACUCCACAACCUUUUCCGGUUCAGUCUUGCAAAUAUUUAUGUUUAGAAACUUUUGUUUUACCUUUUAAUGUAAUAGGCCUAGUGUGUUUUGCUUACCUCACCUUUGCAUUGGAAUCUAAUGGAGUACAAUGUACUGUACUUCUGAAGGAAACAUUUAGCAUUUAUUUUUAACUAUAUGUUGUAUAUGUUGUUGAGCAUCAAGUUACGUUAUCUUACGUCAAUGCACAGUUUAAACGACAUAAUAAGUUAGUUUUAUUUAAAUUAUUUGUUCUUUAUAUUAUUAGUAACAAGCACAGGAUGGUACUGAUGUUGGCUGUAAUUUGCAAUAUUUUUAUACUAAUGUUGUAGGACCAUACUACUUUGUUGGUGUUUCUCUCACACAAUUUUGCCAAAUCGUUUUCCAAAUCGUUAAAUAAAGUUCCAUUC